GCAACUACUUCUCAAAAUACUUCUCAAAAGAGUAAAACACAGCUCUCUUUCUCUUGUGCAUGGCAUCAAGAAGCCCUUCUACUUCUUCAUGGACUGCAAAGCAGAACAAGAUAUUUGAGAAUGCACUGGCUCACUAUGAUAAGGAUACACCGGACCGGUGGCAGAACGUUGCCCGGGCCGUCGGCAGCGGGAAGUCACCGGAGGAUGUUGAACUUCAUUAUAAGCGUCUUGUUGAAGAUGUCAACAAUAUCGACUCCGGCAACGUGCCUUACCCUAAUUACCGCGCUUCAGGGGGUAAAGCUGGAACUGUCAAAUCCUGAUGCAAGAGAUCAGGCUUAGGUACAUAAAGCUCCAGUGACAGUGCUAGUAAUUGAGGCAUGUUUUAUUGCUUGAUGAUGAAGGAUAAACAACAAUGCUUUCAUUUGAUCCUUUUAAGUAGCCUUUCAUAUCUUUCUCUUGAUGUUACUUGCUAGUCCUCUACCAACCCGUAUUGAAUAGCUUCAUGAAAGACUCUUUUCUUUUCUUUGUAAUUUCAACUUACUAGUAUACCAUAUACGCUUAUUUUAAUAUAAUUUUACAUGCUUGUCUUUCA